UCCAUCACGUGGUCCUAUAAACCAUUGACUGAAUAUGGAUUUACCUCAGAAGUUGAUUUGGUUUAAUCUCAAUGUGCGUCUUCAGUGAACUUUUUCUCUUAGCUUGCUAGCUAACAUAGUCACAGGGAAACUCGCUGUUUGAGUAUAGGGUUUUGUUGCAAUUUGAUUUUAUCUAGAAUAUUAGCCAAUUGCUUGUAGGGUGUAUAAUUUCAUCACUAAAACAAACCUGCUCUCCACGUGGAUUGGACCACAUCAUUCCGAUUGGCCUUGUGAAUCGAUUGAGACGUGUGUGCUAAUUUGCAGGAGUGUAGCUGACUAACUCCAUUAGUUUCGAGGUUAUUUCUCCACCGACUGGCUGCGCUUCUUCUCUCUGUCUUUGGAACACAUAUCUCCAACUGAAAUGGCAUCGGAAUCAGACCUGAAGGUCGGUAAGAAACUGAAUGAGGGGAAGACUAAAGAGAUCUACGAGCUGCUGGACCAGCCGGGUCAUGUGCUGGUUCAGUCCAAGGACCAGAUCACCGCAGGAAACGCUGUGCGCAAGGACCAGAUGGAGGGAAAGGCUGCCAUCGCCAACAAGACCACCAGCUGCGUGUUCAAACUGCUGCAGGAUGCAGGGGUGAAGACGGCCUUUGUGGGGCGGCAUUCUGACACGGCGUUCCUGGCAGCUCACUGCGAGAUGAUCCCCAUCGAGUGGGUGUGUAGGAGGGUGGCCACUGGAUCCUUCCUGAAGAGGAACCCAGGGGUGAAGGAGGGGUACAGGUUCUCCCCCCUCAAGAUUGAGAUGUUCUUUAAGGAUGACGCCAACAACGACCCGCAGUGGUCGGAGGAGCAGCUCUUGGCAGCGCAGUUCUGCUUUGCUGGGCUUGAUAUCGGCCGCACUGAGCUGGACAUCAUGAGCCACAGCACGGUGGCCAUCUUUGAGAUCCUGGAGAGAGCAUGGGCGACGCAGAACUGCACCCUGGUGGACAUGAAGAUUGAGUUUGGGGUGAACGUGCUGACUAAGGAGGUGGUCCUGGCCGAUGUGAUCGAUAACGAUUCCUGGAGGCUGUGGCCGGCCGGGGAUCGCAGCCAGCAGAAGGACAAGCAGGUGUACAGGGACCUGAAGGAGGUGACGCCUGAGGCCAUGCAGAUGGUGAAGCGGAAUUUUGAAUGGGUCUCUGAGAGAGUGGAGAUGUUGCUGGUCCCCCAGGCUCAGGGCAGGGUUGUGGUUCUGAUGGGCUCCACGGCAGACCUGGCUCACAGUGAGAGGAUCAGCUCAGCCUGCUCAGCGUUUGGGAUUCCCUGCACCCUGAGGGUGUCCUCUGCUCACAAGGGCCCCGGAGAGACCCUGCGCAUCAAGGCUCAGUAUGAAGGUGAUGGUGUCCCCACUGUGUUUGUGGCGGUUGCCGGGCGGAGUAACGGGCUGGGGCCGGUGAUGUCAGGAAACACAGUGUACCCCGUCAUCAACUGCCCCCCUCUCACCCCCGACUGGGGCGCCCAGGAUGUGUGGUCCUCCCUGCGUAUGCCAAGCGGGUUGGGCUGCUCCACAGUUCUCUCUCCAGAGGCAGCUGCACUGGCGGCUGCCCAGGUGUUUGGGCUGAGUGAUCACCUGGUCUGGGCCCGGCUGCGCGCCACCAUGCUCAACACCUGGAUCUCCCUGAAGCUUGCCGAUCAGAAACUACAGGGCUGCAGAGUGUGACGGGGCCAAUCCCACUUUAAAGGGCCAGUUCACUUUACUUUUCAGAGAUAAUUUCAGUUUUACUAGCCCAACAGUUUUUCUGCGGGUUUGUGGUUUACAGCAGGAUGUUUUCCAUUAACUCCAAAGCAACUUAUGUAUCAAGAGGUUGUGCGUGUGUUUAUUACCCAAUUAUUAUUCAAAGCAUUUAUUUUGAUCGCAGUGCUGAAUGUCACUGGCACUGUGUAAAGGUAGAUUUUUGGUGUGUUUAUAUACCUUUCCAAACAUACAUUGCCUGUGGAAACAGUGCUGAUGUACAAGCAGCUUUGGAGUUACUUGAGGUGUGUUUCCUCAAACUCUCAAAGGCCCCCAUACAUGCUGUUAUAAUCCAGGUUGCCAAGAAAGGUGUCUACAAAUAUCAUUAGUUAUUUUGCUGAUGCCUGUAUCCAAAGCGACUAGUUAAUUAGACUAAGCAGGGAACAAUCCGCCCUGGAGCAAUUUGGGGUUGGGUUCCUGCUCAAGGGCCCAGCAGCUUUGCCCACCGAUUAAUAUUAAUAACUCCAGGAAGUGAACUAGCCCUUUAAACUCCAGGAGAUUAGGGAUCCCUUUAAAUAAAUUGUUGGCACUACAGUACAUUCCCUGAAUUAAAGCAUUUUUCACAUGCGA